AUGGUGGCCGCGUGCGCGUCGUGCGUCAUCGUCGAGUGGAGAGCAUUGCAGCAGCACCUCUCCCCACAGCCCGCCGAACGGUCACUUUCGCCGAUCGCCUCGCCCUCCGCCGAGUGGCGUGCACUCGUUCCACGCAUGUGCGCAGAGCUGCAGGAGGCGGGUGUCGGGCUCAUCGUGGGAUCGCCGGCCAGCCAAGAGCUCCUCGAUCUGAUGCACGCCAUCCGAGGUGAGGUAUCGCGGCUAAAUGAGACGGCGGCACUGCAGGUGAUAGUGGCGACCGAUGGCCAGUCAUCGGGCUUCAUCGCGGACGGUUUUGCGCGGCGCAACCGUGAAGGUGGGCCGAUUGGCGCGAUCCUCAUCGAGGGUACUGCGCCCCCCGCAAGCUUCUCAGGGGUCGGGGAGGCGUUAAUGGACUGCACGCCAAUGCUCGUGCUCGUGCUCGAGCCCGAGGGUCUUGAAUCAGACAGCAUCGCGAUGGACGUGGCGGCGAAGCUGUGCACGGAGAGCUUCGACAUGGCGACGCCAGGCGCGCUGCGGUUGGCGGCUGCGGCUGCACGCGGUGGGUGUCCCGCGCCGGUGGCUGUGCUGGUGCGCCGUAGCGUCUCCACGUUAGCCGAUGUCUCGCAUCAGACCACGCCCACCUUGCCGGCUGUUGACGUUGCGCUGCAGUCAGCCGUGGCCUCGGUGGUGGACGCCGUGCGCAACGCAAAACAGCCACGCCUCCAUCUUGGCCUUGGGGCUGCCAAGGCGACACCUCUGGUCGUCGAGCUUGCGGAGAGGACGGGCGCCAUCGUCUCCACGACCUUCUCCGGCAAGGGUGUCUUCCCGGAGGACCACCCACGCUGGCUAUGGCCAGGAGUAGGGCCUGCAAUCCCACCCCCGCUUCGCACGCUCGACAAGGCGUGCGACGUGUGGGUCAUCCUUGGCGCACGGAUGGGAGAGCUCGCCUCCGCGCACUACAAUUGGCCCAGCCGUCGGGUCACGGUGUUUCACGUCGACAUUGAGCCGGGCGUGCCGGGCGCCAACGUGCGUGGCGCUGUGCCCAUCGUCGCCGACGUUGCUGCCUUCGUGCGUGAGCUGUUGAGGGCGCUCGAGUCGAUCGGCCACGCACCGGCCACAUCUGUGCAGGAGGAGCUAGCGGCGUGUGUGUGCAGAGCGCAUGCAGCGCUUGCCACAACCGUGGCAGACGAGGAGGCAGCCGUACGGGGCGCUGCUGAUACAUGGGUGAGCCCGAGCGUGCUCUUCCGGCGACUGCAGGCGUGCAUGCCAGACGCCACCUUCACCACCGACUCGGGCAAUGGCACGACAUAUGGCUCCGAGUCGCUCCGUGUGCGUGGCGCGCGAUAUAUGGGGCCCGUCAAUUACUCGAGCAUGGGCUUCGCAGUCCCUGCUGCGCUCGGCGCAGCGCUCGCCCUCGUGCGCCAAACUCGAGUCUCCGACUCCAACCGGAUCGCGGUUGCGACUGUGGGCGACGGCGCGUGGCGAAUGACGGGCCUGGAGCUCGCGUCUGCGGUGCGCGCCCGACUUCCCGUGAUUGUUGUUGUGCUGACAGAUGGCGAGCUCGGUAUGAUGUCCGGACUGCAGCGCGCGGCCGGCCAACAGCCGUUCUGCACGGUUCUGAACGGUUUCGAUGCGUGCGCGCUCGCGCGUUCCGUUGGUGCACCAGCUCGCCGCGUCACAUCUGAGGCCGAGCUUUCGGACGCCGUUGAGUGGGCUCAGCGGCACGCGACUACCUCUGGCCCCGUGCUACUAGGCCUACUCGACCGCGGCGCGGACAUGGGUACCUUCGUCAUGUUUUCUACCAUCACCAUCUGCACCGCAUGCGUCAUCCAACCGCUCUUCGUCCAGCCACUCUACGCCGUGUGCUCCGUCCUCUUCUCUCGCUCGCUAAUGGGUUCUCUCGCGCAGCCUGGCAAGGCGUACGGCUGGCACACGAGGGAGCAUUCGCGUUGGACCAGCGCGUUGGCACUCAACGCGAGAACGGCCACCUCUCUAACAAUGCCAAUAGCUCGACUAUGGACCGGCACGUCUUUUCCGCGCACUCUCUUCCGACUAGCGGGGGCCACCGUCGGACGGCACUCCGAGGUUCCUGCUCGUGGUGGCUUAUACCCCAUGCAGCCGGAGACGUCGUUGAUCACGAUUGGCGAAUGCUUCAGCACUGACGGGGCAGCGUCGGCUUACGCGCACAAUUUUGGAAAGGGCUACAUGGAGUUUCCUCCACUGACGAUUGGCGCCGGCGUACAUCUCUCGCACCUUGCUCUGGUCAAUCCUGGCUUGCACGUCCCCGAUGGAACGCAUGUUGGGCCAGCCUCCAGCGUAUCGAAGCUCACGCAGCUCGACGACUCGCAGUGCCUUACCGUUCAGGGCAACCCUCCCCGUCGAUGCCAACGCACGCAAAGUCAACAUUAUGUACACGAGGGGUCGAAUGUACGGGAAUGGGAGGAUGCGGCGCGUACCAUCGCCAGGCGCACAUCGCCGUGGAGGCAGCAAGGCGGUAUGGCCCAUUUGAAGCGUGGCUUGUUGAGCGAGCAAUACUCGGGGGUGAAUGCGCCUGGGAAGGAUGUGGCGUCCGGCGCCGGCGACGAGUGCUCGUCGCCGUUAGGAGGUGCCGAUUUGGAGCGUGGCUUGAAUGGCAUUGACAAAGUCAACUAUGUGGCACUCACGGGCCUUUCGUGUUAG